UUGCAUCUCGUCAGUCGCCAGACAAACGCCCAAAGCACAGCACCACCUCACAGAUCAGCGAGAAACCCCAGAAGAGAGAGAGAGGCAGGGUGAAGAAACAGAUAUUUUCGAUGUGAAUUCUAAGCGCCGUCGCAGGACCGAAAGCAACGCAACUGUGAUAGACAAGGCACACAUAAGACAAGCCCAUAUAAUUGUACAUUAGAUAGUGGAACUGCAGCUGUGAUAAAUCCUCAAGCCGAACAAAUAUUUAACUUAGCCAUGACGACAGUGAGCGACCUGCCGCUGCCAGAGAGCCAGCAGAACAUCCAGGGCGACCCAGUGUUUAGUAGUGGCUUCGUUAGAAGAGAGUUUAAUGACAGCGGUAUUGCCGAUGGCAAGCUCCGCACCAUCUCCACUUCUUCUUGCGCCACGACCAUGUCAACUGAGUCCUACCGCAUCUCUCUCGGCGUAGGGCCUCUGUGGUGGUCCGAUGUCCCUGUCCACCACAGAACAGAUCACGAUAGGGCAUCGCUCUUAACGGGCUACAGCCGUAAGUCUUCGGUCGACUCGGCUGGUGGCAGCCUUUACGGGACCGGCUCCCGGUCGUCGUCGUUGUCGUCCUCCGCGUCGGAUUGCUCCGACUCGGGGUCACAGCCCGACAUCCAUUCGCUGUGCUCGGAAGAUGACUGCCAGGAAGUGCUGCGCCAGAUCUUGCAGCACGACCAGCCGGUGCAGAUUUCCAUCAAGCUGCAUGUAACCGAGGACCAGUACACCAAUUGGAAUACGAUUUUGAACCCAGUCAAUAACUUGUUGUAUGUCGCCUUGCCGAAAAACCUUCCGCCGGCCGGCUCCAAGCAGACCUUCAUUUCGCUACUGGAGUUUGCCGAGGACAAGCUGGAGGUGGACGGCAUCGUGAUGGCCAUGGCCAAGGAUCAGCCGGACCGUGCUCGCCUGGUUGAGGCAUUCCUCUUCAUGGGCUUUGAGCCUCUGUCCAGGAAGGCACCACAGGCUCCGCCGGGCGCCAUCAACGACAACGAGAACAACUAUUUCUUCUACAACAUCGAGGAGUAGUUCGACGGCAAAAAGGGGACGAUUUUCGCGACAACAAGAACAGCAAGCCAAUCAAGUUAAAAUCUGAGAAGUUACCAAAACAUCACUAAUCCGAGAAAAACAAUCUAAUGUCCGUAGUUUCCGCAAAUCUAUUUAGUAGUUCCACUUCUAACUGACAUAUUGAGUCCCCACAAUGUGUUCAAUGACAGGCAAAUCAAUCUUAAUUCAUUCUCUUGGUGUUUACGUAGUCGAAAAUCGUUUAAAGUUGUCCACGGAGGUAGUUUUUCAAUUAUGUAUUUGGCCAGCCACGUUAAGAGCCUGAUCGUAAAUUAUUAUUAUACACAACAUCUAUAAUCAACCAUAAAAAAACUAUAGAAAAUGUAAAAAAAAAGUUUAAAAUAUGAGAAAAUGCUAAAAAAAAUGUAUAAAUCCUAAGUUUAAUCGUGAAUCAAUAUUUUGUCUUUAUGUUUUCGCUUUUUGUUAUAUUCACUUAAUAUUCAAUUUUGUUCAACAUUUUUUAUUUAAACGUAUAUAUAUUUGUAUUUGUAUAUGUAAUCCCAUUUGUUUCUUACUAGAAAAUAUUUACUAUAUAUUUUUAUUCACUUUGUGUACAUCUAAAGCGAUAAGAAAGGGAAAGAAAAAGAGUGGAAGAUGGAAAAAGGACGAAAAGGAAGGAAAACACAUAUUCGUAUGAACUACUUUAUAUACGCCAGCAAAUUCAGAUACACUUACGUACGAUAUAUCCAAUAUAAAUAAACUUAUUAACCAAUAGAUUCCACACCAAGCAAGCAAA